AGCCCUGCUUCCUCCCCAGCCGUGGGAGAGGGAGGGCGGGCGCGUGGAGGACCCCGUCCUAACCCCCUUCUCCUGCCAUCGCCGCCCGGACGGCCUUCUGGGCAGCCCACUGCCCCUUCUCCCCAGGACAGCCUCGGGCAGAUUAUCACUCACUUAAGGACAGAGAAACCACCAGACUCAAGGGGGCCGUAUCCCUGACCGGGACCGGACUUGUCUUGGCCGAGGGCUCCUCCGCUGGUCCGUCCCAUCAACCUGGAUUGGUGAACCUGACUCCCAAGAGCCCUCUCCAGGUUUGCUGGCAUGGGAAAUCUGCUCAAAGUCCUUACCAGGGAAAUUGAAAACUAUCCACAUUUUUUUCUGGAUUUUGAAAAUGCCCAGCCCACGGAAGGCGAGCGGGAGAUAUGGAACCAGAUCAGCGCCGUCCUCCAGGAUUCCGAGAGCAUCCUCGCCGACCUGCAGGCGUACAAGGGCGCGGGCCCGGAGAUCCGAGACGCCAUUCAAAAUCCCAAUGACAUCCAGCUUCAAGAAAAAGCGUGGAAUGCAGUGUGUCCUCUGGUCGUGAGGCUAAAGAGAUUUUACGAGUUUUCCAUAAGGCUAGAAAAAGCUCUUCAGAGUUUAUUAGAAUCUCUGACCUGUCCACCCUACACGCCAACCCAGCACCUGGAGCGAGAGCAGGCCCUGGCAAAGGAAUUUGCGGAAAUCCUGCAUUUUACCCUUCGAUUCGAUGAGCUGAAGAUGAGGAACCCGGCUAUUCAGAAUGACUUCAGCUACUACAGGAGGACAAUAAGCCGCAACCGCAUCAACAACAUGCACCUAGACAUUGAGAAUGAAGUCAAUAACGAGAUGGCCAACCGAAUGUCCCUCUUCUAUGCGGAAGCCACGCCCAUGCUGAAAACCCUUAGCAAUGCCACCAUGCACUUUGUCUCCGAAAACAAAACCCUGCCGAUAGAGAACACCACAGACUGCCUCAGCACCAUGACGAGCGUCUGUAAAGUCAUGCUGGAAACGCCGGAGUACAGGAGCAGGUUUACGAGCGAAGAAACGCUGAUGUUCUGCAUGAGGGUGAUGGUGGGGGUCAUCAUCCUCUACGACCACGUCCACCCCGUGGGAGCUUUCUGCAAGACGUCCAAGAUCGAUAUGAAAGGCUGCAUAAAGGUUUUGAAGGAACAGGCCCCGGACAGUGUGGAGGGGCUGCUGAAUGCCCUCAGGUUCACUACAAAGCACUUGAACGAUGAGUCGACUUCCAAACAGAUUCGAGCAAUGCUUCAGUAAAGCUCUGCUCCAAGAAGAGGAUCUAUGUACUGACCUCAGAAGAUGUAUAUGUUUACAUAAUUUAAUACAGAUUGAUGUUAAUACUUGUGUAUUUACAUAACCGUUUCCUUCUUGUCACUGCAAUAUAUGGACCUUAAUUUGUAUCCUGACUGACUCAACCCAGCAGCGCAUAAGUUGACUUGAGAGCCUUACCUUUAAUGUCUAAAACAAAACCCCCUCCUCCAAAGGCAAAAGUUGGAGAUGUUGAACUUUGCCACUGGAGUCCUUUAACUACACCUGUAACAAUCAGAAAUUGCUGAUCGUU